CUCCCAUCUCUACAACUCUCUAGAGAACACUUUGGAGCCAUUGUUUUCAUUUCCCUCCACAGAUCUCCCAAAUCCAAACCCUAAUUGUCUCUCUCUCCACGCGUUUAUCUACACAUACACACCGCCGAUCAUCCGAUUUCUCUCUUUUUACAUUUUCUGAUUUUUUUUUUUUCUUUUCUAGUACUGGAUCGAUCUUUCAUGUGCGAUCAGGUUCAAUCUAAAAGCUUGAUGAAGGCCGGUUUUGGGUUUUCACCAAAUUAAUGGACGAUCGAUAUGCCUCAACUGCGUAGCGGUGUGCGCAGAGGCCGUCGACCAACGAUCAAGCCGGACCUAGACGAACCGGACAUCAAGAAGCCGAGAACUGUACGGGCGACGAGGCAGAGGCGACCGGGAGGGAGGAGAGCUGUACAGAACAACAACAGGGGGAAUAACCAGAAAGAAGUCGCGGAUGUUAAAGGAAUUGUACAGCCGGUAGUGGUGGUGGAUGAUGAUGAUGAUGAGAAUGAGAAUGCUGUGAAGAAAACGACGUCGUUGAGUGGUCAGGGUCAAGGGGAGGAGCAGAAAGAAGAGGAAAUUAGGGUUUUGAAGGAAGAGGUAGGGGAAAAAGAGAUGGAUGAGUACGAUAGCGGUGGCCGAAGCGGCGAUAAGGGUGUGGGUGCUGAGGAUGAAGGCAGCACUGCACCACUUCCUGAGAAGGUCCAGGUUGGUGGUUCACCAAUGUAUAGGAUCGAGAGGAAACUGGGAAAAGGAGGAUUUGGGCAAGUGUAUGUUGGUCGUCGCACUAAUCCUUCCAAUCCGCAUGAAAGAACUGGUCCUGGAGCUGUAGAGGUAGCCUUGAAAUUUGAGCAUAGAAGCAGCAAAGGUUGUAACUAUGGACCACCUUAUGAGUGGCAAGUCUACAAGUGA